AGGCAUGUGUGACGUCAUACAAACGCUUUCGGACGUGGCUCAUCCACAGGCAGAGUUGGCAGAGUCCUGCUGCAAGUACACCUUUCACCACUGGGCGUCGCUGUUGGCCCAGCUUUGAAUUUGAUGCCAUAUGCCAGAGGCUGGAGCUGGAUUCUCCCACUAGACAACAUGAGGCAGCACAGGGGAGAGAAGAUUCAACACUAAUUAGAGACACCUCUCUCCGUGACCCUAAAAAGACACCAAUAGCACAAAGCAUCACAAGCUCACAGAGACUCUCGUUCAUGGUUAAAGCCCCACAACAAGAAUGGAUGUGGACUGCUCAUGAAGAUCCACAAUCAACUGAUUGCGAAGAAAUUCAAAGCGAUUUGAAGCCAUUUUGUGUUAUGAACACACCUUUGGCGAGUCUGCACCAUAAGUCAGCACUCAAGUUGGCCGCACCUUCCCUGGUAAACGACUACUACACAAAUCUCCUUGACUGCAGCUGUAAUGGCCUCCUUGCAUUGGCUCUGGACUCUUCUGUUUACAUUUGGAAUUCAGAAACUCACUCUGUACUGGGACGUUUGGAACCGCGUCUAGAACCGGGCCUAGGUCACCGCCACACUGUUUCGUGUCUGUGCUGGAGCAGAGAUGGCCGUAUUCUGUGUAUUGGCACCCGGCGAGGAGAGGUGCAGUUGUGGGACGUUGAACGGGGGCAGAAUGUGAGGACUCUACCCUCACACAUGUCUGUUGUUCGAGCCCUUUCCUGGAAUCAGCAGCUUCUUAGCAGUGGCUCAACCUUGGGACAUAUCCAUCAUUAUGACCCGCGGGCUCCAGCUCCUCUGGUGGGUGCUGUUGUCCAACAGGAGGCCCUAUGCAGCCUUCAGUGGUCACCUGAUGACAAGUGGCUGGCCAGUGGAUCCACAGACGGCCUCCUCCACAUUUGGGAUAGUGGUGUCAUGGGUGUCACAAGGUCACAUCAACCAGUUGCUACAAUGAAACAACCAAGUGCUGUCAAGGCAAUGGGAUGGUGUCCAUGGCAGAGAAAGAUGAUUGCUACAGGUGGAGGAUGGAAAGACGGGAAGCUUCGGAUUUGGGAUACCGAGUCAGUGACUUGUGUCAGUUCUGUAGACAGCAACUCACAGAUCUGCUCUCUGAGCUGGACAGACGCCACCAGACGCCUGAUCACAGGUCACGGCCUCCCUCAUCACAGCGCUAUCUGCUGGGAGUGGAAGUUAUCUACACUCACACCGAGCUUCUGCCUGGCAGGUCAUUCAAAUCGCAUCCUGCACGUGACCUUAAACCCUGAUGCUAGCCAGCUGUUCACUGUUGGAGCGGACCAAUGCCUUUCCGUCUGGGACAUCUAAUUAGACAUCUAAUUAUCCAUUGUGUCAAUCCACCAACACAUAUUGCUGUUACUUUUGCUCAACUAACUGCAUCGUCUGAACAUUCUAACCACUUUAAUUUCACCUGAGGGUAACAUUACGGGUCUUCUUGCAGAUGUUGGCAAAAAAAUGGCAUCAUAUCCAAAUAAGUUGCACUUAGGUACAAGUUGUUUAGAAAUGUUUCCCAACUUGCGUAAAUCUGGACUUUUAACUUUCCCAUUUGUAUUGGGACAUCAAAUGAGUUCUAUCAAAUCCUUUUAUGUUACCCACCUUCAAAAAAGCAACUCAAAACCCACCUGUUUAAAUCCUUUUUCAAUGUCUAACUUUUUAUACCUGUCUGCUUUGCCCCGCUUUUAGCCUUGUUUUUAGCUCUGAAUGUAUGGAUGUUGUAUUUUAAUGUGUCCUCUCCUCUAUUUUUUUACUCAUCUCUAUUUUUCUUCACUGUAAAGCAGGGGUCUCAAACUCAAUUUACCUGGAGGCCACUGGAGCUAGGGUCUGGGCAAGGCUGGGCCACAUCAGGUUUUCCAAAAAAAAA